AGUUUCAUUGUGCCGGGCGACCAUGUAAUCCAUUACAGGUCUUCCGUUAUUUUGACGUUUCCCACAUGAGCACAAUCAAACUCGGUUCAUUACUGAUACGAACUUUGGCAAAACCCGUAGCCAAUUCUAUCAAAACACAAGCCAAGCAGCAUCCUAAGUUUCGAGAAUUUUGCAUCGAUGUGGCGCAGAAAUCGCAUCGCUUAGAAAUGACCCUGAAAAUGAAAUUCCUCGGUUACAAGAAGGAAGUCAUUCGACCUCUGAAUGACGCAAAAGCCAUCGAGAGUGGAGCGAAUUUUCUAAGCGAGUCCUUUGUUUUUGGGGUGGCAGCAAGUGUAAUUCUAGCCGAGAGCUGGCGAUCACGAUAUACAGCGAAAAAUCGACGCAAUUAUGUGGAUGAUUCCCUGGAGAAACUGGAAUCCGAGAAUGCGAACUUGAAUGAAGCGCUGGAAAACAUGCGUCAAACGCAGCAACUCACCGAAGAACGGAUAAAGCAAGUGGAGGAUGAUAAUUUGCAACUGCGAAAAUUACUGGACGAUAUCUUGAACAUUAGCCUAGGUCUGGCGCGGCAUACCAAGUAAAAUACUAUACGCAAUCUCUAUAAUAUAGAAAGAUUAUGGAACGAGGCGGGAAAAUAUGUCUCGCUGUAGCAUUUGACUGUAAUUAAUUUUGUGUGGAAUGAUUGCAAGUAAAAGAUCAUGACGGGAAGAGUUCUAAAUCUAAUGGAUGACCUCUUGUAAUCACGCAUGAUGAUACUCUUUGGAAUCAGGAAACGGUUCAAAAAAUAGGCCGAACAAUUCUUAUGGUAAUUUACAAAAUACGAAAGCGCGCUAUUUGAUCUUCUUUUCUUAUCCGCUCUCUGUGCUUUGGUUUCAUAUAUGAUGUUUAAAUGUCGUUCG